CAUGAACACAUGCACCAUGCGUGUAACACCAAGGAGUGCAAGGAAUAAUUAUUGCAUAAACUGUUAAUAAUAUCAAUAACAGCAACGACUACAGUAUUGACGAGGAGUUUAAAACCGCGCGGGUUGCCAUGUCUGGAAAAACGCUGCUCUUCAAAUCAAAUUAUGCGGUCUCCAGCAGAAUCGAGCCUUUCUAUAAGGGAGGUAAAGUGCAGGUCAGUCGAGACGAGCAGCACAUCUUCUGCACAUAUGGACCAAAGAUCAACAUUCUGCAGAUCAGCACAGGGAAGAUCAUACACACUAUUGAACAGGAGGAUCAGGAGGACAUCACAGCGUUCGCUCUCAGUCCUGAUGAUGAGAUGUUAGUGAGCGCCAGCAGGGCUCUGCUCCUCAGGCAGUGGGACUGGAAGCAGCAGCAGUGCCGUCGCUCCUGGAGGGCCGUUCACAGUGUGCCCGUGGCCAGCAUGAGCUUCGACUGCACCUCCACGCUGCUGGCUACAGGCGGCUGUGACGGCACCAUCAAACUGUGGGACGUUAUAAAGCAGUACUGCACACACAACCUCAAAGGCUCCUCUGGUGUCGUACAUUUGGUGGAGUUUCACCCAGACAUCAGCCGGCUGCAGCUCUUCUCCUCGUCCUCAGACUGUGCCAUCCGCAUCUGGGACCUGCGCUCCAGCCGGUGUGUGUGUGUGCUGGAGAGCCACUACAGCGCCGUCACUGCGCUCGCAUUCUCCCCGGACGGACACACACUCGUCAGCUCUGGCAGAGAUAAGAUCUGUUCGGUGUGGGACCUGCAGGAGCAGAAGGUGAAGAGGACCAUCCCAGUGUAUGAGGCUGUGGAAGGUGUGGUUCUACUGUCGGGCUCCACUGAUUACUCAGAGAUGGGAGUGAAGAGCGACGCGUUACACUUGGUCACGGCUGGCAGUAAAGGUGUCCUGCGUGUGUGGGACAGCCGCUCGUCCCGCUGUGUGUUCACCCAGACUCUGCCUGAUGCUCCGUCUCUGGAGCACACUGAAGAUGAUGAUGAUCAGGAUGAAGAGCGUCUGGGCCUCCUGCAGCUCCUGCUCCUGCCCCGCUCCGGCAGACUGAUCACAGUCACUGCAGAACACAACAUCCUGCUGUACCAGACGUCCACACUCACUGUACAGCAGCAGUUCGUGGGCUACAAUGACGAUGUGCUGGAUGUGAAGUUUGUGGGUAAAGACGACACGCACAUCGCAGUGGCCACCAACAGCUCUCAGCUGAAGGUGUUUGAGCUGAGCACCAACAGCUGCCAGAUCCUGCACGGACACACCGAUACCAUCUUAUCCAUCGACGUCUUCCGCAAAGGCAGCAUGUUUGCGACCUGUGCAAAGGAUAAGAGUGUGCGUGUGUGGAGGAUGGACGUGAGCAGUGGUCGUGUCCACUGUGUGGCUCAGGGAACCGGACACUCCAAUGCUGUGGGCUCCAUCGCCUGCUCCAGGUUGAAGCAGCAGUUUGUGGUGUCGGGCAGUCAGGACUGCACAGUGAAGGUGUGGGAUCUGCCUGAGUCUGCAGGAGAAGGAGGAGGAGUGAUGAUGAUGAAGGCUCGAUCCACUGAGAGAGCGCAUGAGAAGGAUGUGAACAGUGUGUGCGUCUCCCCCAAUGAUAAGCUGCUGGCGUCGGGCUCUCAGGACCGCACGGCUAAACUGUGGGCUCUGAGCGACCUGAGUCUGCUGGGGGUCUGCCGGGGCCACCGCCGCGGGGUCUGGAGCGUGCAGUUCUCCCCGGUGGACCAGAUCCUGGGAUCCGCAUCGGCCGACGGCAGCGUCAGGAUAUGGAGCAUUCAGGACUUCAGCUGCCUCAAGACGUUUGAGGGUCACGAUGCCUCCGUGCUGAAGAUUAUAUUCGUCAGUCGAGGAACUCAGCUGGUGUCCAGUGGUUCUGACGGGCUGGUGAAGCUGUGGACCAUUAAGACUAAUGAGUGUGUGCGGACUCUGGAUGCGCAUCAGGAUAAGGUGUGGGCUCUGCACGGCGGCUGCAGGGACGAGCUGAUGGUCACCGGCUCCGCAGACUCCACCAUCACUGUCUGGAAGGAUGUGACUGAAGUGGAGCUGGCGGAGGAACAGGCCAAACAAGAGGAUCAAGUCCUCAAGCAGCAGGAGCUCCAAAAUCUCCUCCAUGAGCAUCAGUAUGUGAAGGCUCUGGGCGUCGCCAUCUCUCUGGAUCAGCCACACACUGCCUUACGGGUCGUCAGAGAAAUCCGUCAGCGGGAGGACGGGGUGCAGGAGCUGGAGAAGACGCUCCUCAAACUGCGGAAGGAUCAGAAAGAGUCGGUGCUGCGCUACUGUACGGUGUGGAACACAAACUCGCGCAGCUGUCUGGACGCUCAGGCUGUGCUGAAGGUGCUGCUCACACACCUGAGUCCUGAGGAGAUGCUGCAGUUCCAGAGCGCGCACACACACCUGCAGGCCCUCGUCCCGUACACCGAGAGACACAUGCAGCGGAUCAACCGGCUCCUGCAGGCCUCCAUGUUUCUGGAUUACAUGUGGCAGAAAAUGCGCAUUACAGGUGCUAUAGACAGUGUGAACAUGGAUGAUGAAGAUGAUGAAGGUGUUCAGUCAAUCUUCAUCACAGACAAACAGCCCAUGCAGACCACAGAAGAAGAGGAAGACGAGGAAAUGCAGUGUUCAGGAGACUCAGAGCAGCGUCUGCAUGAAGAUGAAGCCGUCUGCACGUCUAAAACCGCUCCUGGAAAACUCUGUAAUACUGCAGAUCAGCUUAUAGACUCUGAUGAAGACGAGGAUGAAGAGUUUCCCAGCAAACCCGCUGCUUCUGUCCUCCAGGAAAUUGUAUCUGUGAGCUGAUUGGCUGCUGCAGCUGUCAAUCACACUGGGGUCUUUUAUAUUCAGUGCUGUAUGUUGAGUUGAUGGAUCAUUUCUGAUCUGCUUCUGCCAUAAUAAUAAGCAGUUUUCCUGCUUGCAUCACCACAGCAUUUGAUUUUAUGUAGACGUUUGCUCAUCUUUCAAAUAAACAUGUUACAUGUUUGUAUCUCUUGAAAA